UCUCACACAGGAUCAGAGGUCCCAUCGCCCAGGCUGGGUCUCCAGGGAGGAGCCUGAAGCCAAUUGCACUAUCAUAUCAUACAAAACUCUUCGCUCUUCAGGCUGUCAAAACUUCAGGUGCAACGUACGCUAGAAAAAGACGAUCAGAGGGGACACCGCGAGGGGCAGUCACCAUGUUCAAGGGGCAGACCAAAUCACUGACCAAAUCGCCGACCAAAUCGCCAACAAAAUCUCCUGUUAAAUACAGCAAGGCCACUGCAAAUGAACUGGCCUUGCUGAUCUCCCGUAUGCAGAAAAAUGCUGACCAAGUGGAGAAAAAUAUUCUGCAGACUCACCAGAAGCUGAAACAGGAUGCUGGCAACAACGCCCUAAAGAAGAGUUUCCAACACCAGCAGGAGAAUGCAAAGAUCCUUAAGGAUUCUGAGAUGCUGCUAAAAGAUCUGUUUAUGGAUGUGGACAAAGCCAAGAAAUAUGGACAUCCUCAGGCUGAGGAGAUAGACAAGGAUAUCCACCAGCUACAUGACCGACUGAGUCAGGAAUGUGCAGAGUACAGGGAAGUGUAUGAACAAUUUAACCUUCAACCUUCACAACCGCAAAUCAACUGGCCACAAAUCCUGCAGAAAAAGAAGCAACAAAUAGAUGAGGGUCAGUUUGGCCCUAGCAUGGCAGAUGUGGAGAGACAACUUGCAGAACAAAACAUCCUGCAACAGGAGAUUGAUGAGUAUGGGGAUGAAAUACGCAGCCUACCCCAGGACAAUGCAGCAGUCAAGAACCAGUAUCGAAGCCUGCAGGAAGAUUCAACAUGGAGAGGACGACACUUGGGCAGUCUGUAUAAUCACCUGACCGGCUGCACCAGGGAGCUCAUUUACCUGGGUGAAGAACAGAACAAGAUCAUCAAGCAAGACUGGAGCGAUCAAAUACCUGAUAUGACUGGGACCCGCAGGCAGUAUGAGAGGUUUAAGGCAGAGGAGCUGUUGCCACAGGAGGAGAUAGUAAAUACGUUCCUGGACGAUGGAGAUAGGAUCAUAGAGCUGAAACAUCCAGCCGUCAGCUGCAUCCAGGGUCAUGAUGAAGCUUUGAAGGGGGAGUGGCAAAAUUUCCUGAACCUCUGUAUUUGCCAGGAGAGUCAUCUGAAAAAUGCUGAGGAAUACAAGAAGUUCCAGGAUGAAACAAAUAAUGUAGCUGAAACCAUAAAAAGUGUAAAUUCAAGACUGGACAACAAAUACGGACUGAAUAACAGCGAUGCACCGAAGGUUCUAUCUGAGCUGCAGCUUCAGCUGGAGAAAGAUGAGAAGGAGCUAAUUCAGGCUGAGAACAGUUUGAAAGCACUCAGCCAGCAAGCCCCAAGCAUUGUGCCUAUCAAACAGCGCAGACUUCGUCCCCAAAACACAACUACUGCUGAAGCCAUCUGCGACUGGGACUCAGGAGAUGUUGUGAUUAACAAAGGGGAUAUCUACACCCUGAAAGACAACAGUAAGCGAGAGAGCUGGAAGGUGCAAGGUCCCGACGGUGUAACUAAGGAGGCUCCGGCUUCCUGUUUUGUCAUCCCACCACCAGACUUGGAGGCCAUUGAUAGGCUAAAGAAGCUGCAGGGGGAACUCAGUGAAGUAAAGAAAAAGAAGGUGUCAGUGCAAAAUGCCCUCAAAUCUGGCAGUCGGGAGACCACCAAACCCAUCCAGCUCUCAUCGGUAAACAGUGCUCCAGCGCCGCCCGUUAGGACUUCCAGUGUUCCUCCAGAGGACCCACAAAGCACUCAGAUCCUGGACAAGCUAAACAAAAUAUAUGGAGAUCUGCAAAACACUGAGCAGGAAAUAGUUACAAGGGUUCGAUCCCCAGUCAGCCGUGUCUCACCCACUGAGGACUUGACCGGGAGACUCAAGGAGCAAGAGGGUGUUGCACGUCGUCUGCAGAGCAUCGAAUCCGUCAAGGACUCUGCUCAGCGGGAGUGCGAGAGCUACUUGUCCAAGAAGCCUUCAGGACCAACAGCAUCCCAGCUCCCUACUACCCUGACAAACGUUAACAAUAAGUACAAGGAUGUGAAGGCUCUGACAUCACUCUACGGAGAGGAGGCUAAAGCUUCACUGAACCUGGAGAACCAGAUAAAGAAAACAGGGGACUUUAUCAGUUCAUUUGAAAGAUCCUUGGCACAAGAUGGGCUACUGCCAUCUUCACCAGACACCCUACAGAAACGGAUGACCGAGGUUCAGAAACUGAAAAAAGACCUUGUGGACAAACAAGACAACCUUCUGAAACUUAACCGCAGUUUGAAGGACACUGAGUUAGCAUGCAACUACCUACAGAGCAACACUAUGGAGCACAGCCCAGAUCUGCCCCGGCAGCGUGUCCAAGUGCAGAAGCUCAAUGACCGCUACCAUGCCAUUGCUGAUCAACUUGAUCAAAGGGAAAAGACGCUGAGAGAUGCCAACUUGCCAUAUCAACAGUUUAAAUCUACCAGUGACAGUCUAGAGGUCUGGCUUAACAACCUGCCAAAGGACCAGGUGACUUCAAUGGACAGCCCGAGCCAGGUCAACUACAAGCUGCAGUCACAGAAGAGGCUGGUUGACGAGAUCCAGAGGAAAGAGCCAGAGAAAAACAAUAUGGUGAAGCUUUCCCAUGAUCUUGAAAAUAUUCUAGGGGAAUAUGAAACCCAAGCAGACCGGUACCGCUCAACACUAGAUGAUUCUGUUAGCACUAUGGCCCCUAAUAGGACAGGAAUCACAACUCUCCAGGAGGACAUUGAGAAUAAGAAAAAGAAUUUAGUAAAGCGUUACACCGAAGUUGCCGUUGAGAACAAGCAGCAACUCAAUCAAAUGGACUUUGCCAAGAGGAUCCUAGACAAGAAUGAUGUUCAAGAUGGUGUCUCACUAUCAAUGCAGCACAACUUGCGCUCUGAAAAUAUUCAGAGGUCAGCUAAAGAGUCGGAAACUCUAUCUAAAGAACUGGAAGAGGAGAAGAGGAAGGUUGCUCAAGUACAGAUGACUUUGGAAGAGAACAGAAAGCGGCUGCUGUUGCUGAAGACACAAAGACCUGUGGAACGAUUGGAGGAGAAAGAAGUGGUGGAGUAUUACAGAGAGCCCCGGCUGGAGAGCGAACUAGUGACACUACGAAGCCAGGCAGAUAAUUCUUACAAGCAGAGGCAGAGCACACAGUCAGAGAUUGAGUUGGUGAACAAAAAACUGACAACACUGGAGAGUCAGAGAAAGAAUAUAAAGCCUCAGCUCCUGACCAAAGAGGUGACUGAGAUAGAGAGGGAUCCCAAUCUGGAGUCUCAAGCCUACUCCCUUAGGCAGGAGAUCAAACAACUGAAGGAUGAGAACAACUCCAUUACACUGGAGCUUGAACGCUUGAAAAAAGAGGUUUUGUUGCUGGAGCAAAAGCAGCCCAAUAUUAAGGAAAAGGUAGUGCUUAAAGAGGUUGUGAAAUUGGAAAGGGAUCCAGAGAUGGUGAAGGCCAGUAGAGCGCUGCAACUGCAAAUAGAUGAUGACGUUUUCAAGAGGAAGUCAUUGCAAGACAAUAUUGUGAAGCUGAGAAGCCGAACUGAGGAGUUGGAGAAAUUCAUAGAAUCUGUGGAGCCGAAAGUCAUAGUGAAGGAGGUUAAAAAGGUAGAGCAGGAUCCUGAAAUUCUGAAGGAGGCAGCCAGGCUCAGAACUUUAAUAGGGGAAGAGAGGAACAAGAGUGUGACCUUGACCAAGGAGCUCACUGAGUUGCAGUCCAAGUACGUGGUGGUGGAGAAACAGAAACCCAAGGUGGAAAUUAAGGAAAGGGUCAAUGAAGUAUUUGUUGUGGAGCCAGAAACUGAAAAGGAGAUUGCCCGUUUAAGACUUGUGUUAAAAGAUGUAACCUCCAAGAAAUCACUUUUAGAGCAGAAUAUUAACACAGUACAAAAUGAACUCCUGGUGAUGGGAUCACAAAAGCCCACAAUUGAAUAUAAAGAAGUGGUACAAGAGGUAGUUAAGUUAGAGAAAACUCCAGAGGUGUUGAAGGAAAUUGAAAGACUGAGAGGGACACUGAAAGACUUGGAGUCUUCCAACAGCAGGUACUUGGAACAAAAUUCCAAGUUGACAAAGGAGAGAGAUCAAUGGAAGAUAGAGAGAUCAAAGGUGGAGACAAAGACAGUGAAUAAGGAAGUUGUAAAAUAUGAAAAUGAUCCUUUAUUAAUCAAAGAGGCUGAACGCCUACGUCAGGAAGUACGGGAUGAAUCCCAGAAGAGAAGAGAGGUAGAGGAUACAGUUUAUGACUUGCAAAACAAGUACAUGCUGCUGGAGAGGAGGAAACCAGAAGAGAGGGUAGUGGUACAAGAAGUGGUCCACUUACAGAAGGACCCGAAAGUAACAGAGGAGCAUUACAGACUUUGCAGGACAUUGGAUGAAGAAGUUAGCAACAGACGCCGUUUUGACCGUGAUGUGCAACAGCUACGAACACUUGUAGAAGAGAAGGAAAAACUGCUGAACUUCCAGGAAGAAAGAGACAAAAAACUUGCAGCAGAAAAAGAGCUGCGCUAUAUCACACAGAGGAUUAAAGAGAUUGAGGAAAGACCUCCUCCUGUGCAGGAAAAGAUAGUGAUGGAAGAAGUGGUAAAGGUAGAAAAGGACCCUCUUCUUGAGCAAUCUGCCAAUGCCCUGCGUACUACUCUUGACACUGAAAAAAGCCAGGUUAUGAAUAUCAAUAGAGAACUGAAAAAUAUACAACUGCAGAUAGAUAUCCUGCAAAGAGAGAAGUCAGUUGAAAAAACCAUUUACAAAGAAGUCAUUCGAGUUGAAAAAGACAAAGUGAUACAGAAUGAGAGGGCAAGAUUGCGUGAACUCUACAACAAGGAACGUAUUGCCAGACAGAAUGUAGAAGAUGAAGCUAGAAGACUGAAGGAGAAAAUUGAGAGGGUGGAUGUCACAAAGAGAAAUUGGACAAAGGAAGAAGUUGAUCUCCAAAAGACUAGAACACAGGUGCAACAAGAAAAGGCAGCCAUAGAAAAUGAACUUUUAUCACUGAGGAGGCAAAAGCAACAGAAGAGUGUAUUUUUGAGCAAGGAAUCAGAGCUGCUGACACAAAAGGCAGAAAAUGAGCGACAGAAAAAGAUGCAGUUGGGACAAGAACUGUCCCAGCUGGAAUCUGAAAUCCUAAGUGAAAAGGACCGCAUUUAUGAAAAGGAGAGAAACAUAAGAGAACUACAGUCUCGUGCCAAUCGAGAAGAACGCAACCAGGAGACACAAAUGAGAGAAACCAAUGUUUCCACAAAAAUUUCAAUUCUGGACCCAGACACUGGAAAGGAAAUGUCACCCUAUGAAGCCUACAAGAGAGGUAUUAUAGAUAGGAACCAGUACAUACAGCUGCAGGAAUUAGAAUGUGAUUGGGAGGAAAUUUCUACUAUGGGUUCUAGUGGUGAAAUUUCCGUUCUUUUGGAUAAGAAGAGUGGAAAGCAUUAUUCUAUUGAAGAUGCUUUGAGAUCAAAGAAAAUCACUAAAGAGGAGCUUCAGAUGUAUCGGGACGGUAAGCUACCAAUUUCAGAGUUUGCUCUUCUGGUGGCUGGGGAAAACAAACCUCUGUCAAUGUCCAUUGGUGCAAUCAUUGGUUCCAGAUCUCCACUCACGUCCCCAAACAGCCACACUCAAAGCCAUAGUUUCUUUUCUCAGAGUGCUCCAAAGGUUUUCCAGGAUGACAGUUUUCCAAUUGCUGGAGUUUACGACACGACCAAAGAUAGCAAGUGUACAAUUAGAAGCGCUGUUACCAGAAAAAUAUUGGAUCCAGCAACAGCUCAGAAGCUGCUGGAGGCCCAAGCUGCAACAGGUGGGAUUGUCGAUAUUAUAAACAAAGACCGAUAUUCUGUUAACAAGGCAAUCGACAGGGGGCUAAUUGACAGCAGCAACACACAAAGUUUACUUAAUGCCCAAAAAGCCUUCACAGGUGUUGAGGACCCUGUGACUAAGAAGCGUUUGUCUGUGGGAGAGGCAGUGCAGAAGGGAUUAAUGUCCAAGGAGAAAGCCAUCCCCUACUUGGUGGUCCAGCAACUUACAGGGGGUCUGAUUGACACCAAGAAGACAGGUAGAAUCCCAUUGCCAGAAGCAAUUGAACAGGGAAUGAUCAGCAAAGACCUUGCUGCACAGGUUCAAGAUGACUCCAAUUAUGAAAAGAAUCUUAUUGAUCCAGUCAGCAAGGAGAAGAUCGAUUACAAGGAAGCCAUGGCCCGAUGCCGGAGAGACCCUGUCAGUGGUCUCCUGCUUCUGCCUGUUGCUUCAGAUAGCUAUCAACCUGCCACCUAUCGUCCUGUCAACAGUAUCCCUUCCCUAACAUCCUACAAAUACUAAGGUACUCAGCUGUCAUCCUGUAUUUAAUUAUAUCUUCUCCUAUGGAACAGAGAUAUCUUUGCUCUGUCUGUCAUGUGGGCAAUUGCCUUCCAAAUGUGUAUAAUCUGCAUCCUUCCUAUAUGUUAAUAAACUGGAAUGUUGCCCUGGUUUA